UGUACAUGGGGUUCAAUGCCUUUCGCCCCCUUGGAGUCUCUUACUGAAAUCCGAGAUUUGAGGCCCUCGUCCAACGUCAGCCAUUUUAUCCGCCACGGUACCAGCCAGCGGGGUCAUGACCGACGGAACCAUGUCUACGGGAACGGGGUCGAGCAACGGCCUGCCCGCGGGCUAUGGCCGUUCGUGCACCAACUGCUCCAAGGCCAAGUGCAGGUGCAUACUGCGUUCUGAGGGUGGGAGCUGUGAGCGCUGCCACCGGCUCGGCAAGGAGUGCCACCAGAUCGCCGCCACCCGCAAGCGCACGUCCAAGAGGUCCACCAGCUCCAGGACGGCGCAGCUCGAGGAGAAGCUCGAGGACCUCGUCUCGAUCCUGCGGGCCACGCAAAAGGGCGACCAAAAUGUCCUAGAUGCAUACGCCUCGUCGACGACGACGACGAAGCCGUCGACAAAGGUCCACGCUUCCUCGAUGCCCCAUCUGUUCCCAACCAGCCGCCUCGACUCCCUAGCCGCUGCGGCAACAGCGGACACGCCGCCGCCGCCGUCGGCUCCGGAGCCUGCCAGCAAGUCUUUCUGCGUUGACACUGCGAUUCCAAGCAUUGGCAGCGAUGCGUACGUGCGCCCUGAGCCGACGCCGGCGGAGGCGGAGAUCUACAUUGGCAAGUUCCGCGACUGGCUCAGGAACUUUCCCUUUAUGCAUCUUCCCGACCAUGUCACGGCGGAUGCGCUACGUAAAGAGCGGCCGUUCCUGUGGACGUGCAUCAUGAACAUGACAUCAAUGUCCCUGCCGCAGCAGCAGAUCCUCAGGGACAAGGUUCGCCAGGAGCUUUCUGAUCGCAUGGUGUUCAACAACGAGCGAACCAUGGACGUUCUGCUGGGCCUGAUUGCAUACAUAAGCUGGGCCACCAUGAAUACCGGACCGGGCUCGAAACCCUUCCUCAUCCUGUACAGCCAACUAGCAGCCACCAUCCUCUAUGACAUGGGAUUGACGCGAAACCCGCAUGAGGAGCACAUGUCCGGCUUGUACCUGAAGGUUUGGAGUCUGCGGCCGACCCCGCCGCCCAAAGUCCGGACAAUGGAGGAGCGCAGAGCAGCCCUGGCGCUGUGGUAUCUCACCUCCGUGUGCACCUCGUUCAUUGGCAAGAUGGAGACGCUCCACUGGACAUCGCACAUGGAGGAGUCGCUAGAGACUCUGGAUCGUGAAAAGGAUCAGCCUCUCGAUGAGAUCCUGGUGGCGCUCGUCCGGACGCAACUCAUCAACGAAGAGGCGCAGAAGCUCCUGCGCCUUCAAGGCUGCGGUGACGACAGCCAGGGACCAACCCACAUCUACAAGCCGGGCCUGCUCAUGCGUCUUGAGGAGCUCCGUCGACGGCUCCCGCCGGCACUGCACUCGCACUAUGUUGUGCAGCUGCAGCUGUACGCCACAGAGGCCGAGGUCCACUCGGUUGCGCUCUUCACUGGCCAAGCGAUCCCGGAAGCCACGAGGAUCAGCAGCAUGUUCUCGUGCACCAAGGCAUCGGCGACCUGGUUCGAGUGGUUCUUUAGCGUACCGCUCAUGGAGGUGCCGGGCCUGCCUUUUAACGUCUACGUCAGCAUGUCCCACCUGCAGGCGAUUCUCUACCGGCUCACCACGUCGGAGGAUCCGGCGUGGGACAAGCAGGUCCUCCGCAACACGGCGGACCUUCUCGUGCUUCUGGACAAGACCAUUGACGUCUUCUGCAAGGUCGGAGAAGUGUACUGCCUGCGCACCGACGACAGCGACGGGACCGUCUUCCUCAAGGGCGCUAGGAUCCUGCGAAACGUGAGGAACUUUUGGGAGCCGGCGUUGGCUCAUAUAUUGAACAACAAUCUGCCGACCCCGACCAGCCAGACGAGUCAGCCGUUGAACGCCAUGCCGCCGUUGGAGCCGAAGAUGAUGAUGGACCCCAGCCACAUCAUUGGGCCGGGAUUCGACCUCAACGACAUGACGUGGAUGACGGAUAUUUUCGGGCCCUGGGAAACAUAAGGAUGUCCCCCGGUUUAUCAAUCGACGUAAUAGAAUGCAGCAGAAAGCGACCGCCGGUUUGCGCGGCCGUUGCGAGCGUCGCUCCGCCAGAGUGCGGAUGGUGAUCCUUCGCGCCCGCCGCUGGCGGGGCAGGAUAACCACCAGCAUGCAGCCAACCCUCCGCAUCUCGGUUUCGCAGGACUGGAGAAGGAUCGCCGUUGGCAAGAAAUUGCCAUUUCCGACGGAUUGGAGAGUAGGGCGUCGCUACGCAACGGAGCACCACUGUGGCAUUGCUACCGUGGAUGGGCCUCGCAAGCUGCGCCUUGUAUACGGCAGCGUUUCGCAGGACGACAGCAUUGCGCGGCCUAUUGGAUCUGUUUCCGCGGUCCUACUAAAUCUGUCUCACCGAGUGGCAGAUCUUCCGCCGAUUGAGCCGCAGCCUUUUGAGCUGUGGCCAGGGCGCCAAAGGCCCUCUGUUGUGUCGCAGCAUGGCACAGAUCGUCCCCGAAAAGGAGCUGGCAGCGAAGCGAUAAUCGUACUUUCAGCGACGGUUCCGGCUCGAAGGAAGGCUUCGGCGGCACGCCGGACCUCGCACUCAGAGAAGCUCCGCCAGCGUACGUCGAGAACCCUGCCGACGAUGCGGGGCUCACCUUCGGAAACGACGACGACGACAAGCACGCCGAGGGUGACGAGGAGGGCUACGUCACGGGGUGGAAGGAAGCUGUUUGGACUGAUGCUCGCCAUCACGAUGGCUUGUUUUCUGGUGCUGUUGGACAUGUCUGUCAUUGUCACACACUGUACGGAUACGCAGGCGUCACUCCACUUGUAUAGGGCUGCGAUGGAUGCUUUUAAGGCGAAGACAGUAGGGUGGAUAGGACGUGAUCGGUGGUUCGGUAGCAACGUCACGGGGGGCGAGUUAUUGGGCGAAAUAACUUCCGCCGUUCUAUGAUACGUACAUCGUAGAACGAUGAAAUUUAUUCGAAAUUUCCGG